AUGGCGAGAAUUAAUGUUUACCUUUUUGCAUUUAUCUUGCUUUUGACUAUCAAACAAGAGUUAUGUUCCGUUGAAGGCCGAACACUCGCUAAGUCCACCGUUGCGAAGGCUGAAGAAAUAGGCGCUGAUGGCUCUGUGCCGGUAUUACCAUCGGCUGAGCCACUGCAGCCACCACCUAGCCACGGGAUUGAUACCUUCAGGCCCACGAUACCUGGAAAUAGCCCUGGUAUUGGACAUUCCGUACACAACUAACGGAGAGGGACAAUAACAUGGUUUAUGUGAUUAUAAAUCAGUGUUUUAAAAAAAAAAAAUAUUUGGUCCCUUAUUGAAC